AGCGGGGCGGAGCCGCUGUGCGGCAACCGGGACCGGGUUGGUGGCGAUAGGCCUGGCCGGCUCGUGCCGCCGGGCGCGAGGCGAGCAAGAAGAAACCUCUACCGCUUAUAUAAAGUUGCUCAUAUGACCACAACCUUGAGGUCCCAGCAAGAGUCCUAACAUCUAACGGCUCUACCAGCAAGACAGUCCCUUAAAACUAAUCCCAACAAGCACCUCUAAAGUCUUCUCAUUCACAGGCUAAGGCCCUUUCCAGAUAGUCCAACAGCUAAAUCACCAGUUCCCAAGGCCAUUUGCAUCGCCUGUGGAAAACAUCGGAUUCUUGUACACCAGAGUCCUUGACAGCUCAUUCCAUCAUUCCCCCGGCACAAAAGUUGCUUUACCAGGACAACUAAGGCAACAACUGAGCUUGUUUUCAUUACCAAGUAGAUAAAAUAUCACUGCCAACAAAACAAGAGUACACAAAGUGUCCCUUCAAGGUAUCAUUACUAAUUGAGACCAUGCUAAGAAAAUCAGCUUGCCUAGAUGAGGACCCCUUCUCCUCUUGGGUAGCCAGGAUUUGAAGGAGAUACUCUGUGACCUGUGCCACUGGUAAGUGACUAACACUUUUACACACUGAACUGGUCCUGGGAACUGAGAUGUCUUCUUUGUAAGUGAAGAUUAUACAACAUAAGCUUGAAGAACUGCACGGUGCUGUGGGCCAGAGGCAUUCUUUGUGUGUGCAAUGGACUGAAAGACAAAUUAAUCUUGGUGAAAGGAUUUUUCAUCUCUUCUUUCUAUUUACCAGUGUUAGUGUUCCCCUGGCUUAGAUUAUUACUUUUUUCUGGUUCUUCACUCUGGUUUUAUUCCAAUGGGUCCCAGAAAUCCCUCUCCUGACCCCUUAUCAGAAUCAGAAAGUGAGGAAGAAGAAAACAUUAGUUACCUAAAUGAGAGUUCUGGGCAAGAAUGGGAUUCCUCUGAAGAAGAGGACCCCAUUGUACCCAACUUAACGCCUCUUGAGAGUCUUGCCUGGCAGGUUAAGUGCCUUUUAAAAUAUUCUACAACAUGGAAACCUUUAAAUCCUAAUUCCUGGUUAUAUCAUGCUAAACUCUUGGAUCCAAGCACACCAGUCCAUAUACUUCGAGAGAUAGGUCUAAGACUCUCCCAUUGCUCCCAGUGUGUCCCCAAACUGGAACCAAUUCCUGAAUGGCCUCCUCUGGCCUCUUGUGGAGUCCCACCUUUUCAAAAGCCUCUUAUGAAUCCCAGCCGGCUCUCUAGAGAUUAUGCCACUCUAAACGGUGCACUGCAGUUUGCCACCAAACAGUUAAGCCGAACAUUGAGUAGAGCCACUCCCAUACCUGAAUAUCUAAAACAGAUCCCCAAUUCAUGUGUUUCUGGUUGUUGCUGUGGCUGGCUAACUAAAACAGUUAAGGAAACAACCCGCACUGAACCCAUCAACACUACUUACUCUUACACUGACUUCCAAAAGGCAGUUAAUAAACUCCUGACUGCGUCACUGUAAAGAUCCACCAUUUACUUUGAUACCUCUGAUGUUGCUACUUGAGAAAGGGAUACAGAUUUAAUCUUUAUGCAGGCCACAGUUGAGAAACAAAUGGCUUUUCAACCAAUCUGUGCCAUGCCCUGGCAAGCCAAAAUACUACGUAAUAUUUAAUGUAUAUCCAAGGAUCCUGUUACUCAACUAUAGAAAAUAUGGAUUGUGAGUCCUGUAGAUAAACUGAGACUGUCAAUGGAGAAUUAGUCAAAAGAGACUAAUUUUACAAAAGAUAGGUUAAAUAUUCUCCACGCUGAGUCCUCACCCUCCCCACCCCAAUUUGAAUGGCUCUGCCUAUUUGAAUGGACUUUAAAUAGAGACAGAUUAUUAACAAGAUGGAGAACAGCCAUUUCUCAAGGCUAGAAGUUGGCUACCCCAGUAAUAACUUACUGAACAUUUUCUUCUCUGACAUUUAUUUCUAGAGAGGUAGUUGAAUUUAAUUGAGCAACUAUACAGAAGAGAAUGGCAGAAAUAUGGAUUUCUUUUCUAGCUUUUAUAUAGAUAUGCCUACAUAUGACACUCUUUAGAGAUUCCUAUUUUUUUGUAGUGAGUACAGUUUCAAACCUAGCCUAUAGUAACUAUUACUCCAAACCGAUUAUACAUCUACUGUUAUGCCAUGAACAUUCUAUACCGUAGGCUCCCACCAGGCUGUCUCUGGCUGAAUCAGCCUAUAAGAUCAUCCCUUGGGACUAAACAGACCUGUUCUGUUGAGAAUAUAUUU